AUCAUUACCCUGAAAAAAAAAAAAAAAGCAUUCUGAUUUGUAGAGGCAAAAUCUAGAUAGGGAAAGAGUGAUAGAGAUGGAUGGGAAGAAAGCCGGAGCGUCGCUGGAUUCUUUGGUGUCCACCUUCAACGCUCGGAUCGCCGAGCUUCAAGAGCUCGUCAUUGCUCGAAACAUGUACCCUGCAAGCAGCGUCACCGACUUAUCGGCGGUCGAUGCCUCAUUGAAGGCUAUGGAACUUCAGAUACAGGCUAUCAAGGAUCGCGUACGCGAAGAAACCCUAGCCAUCCCAAAAGCCAAAAAACUCAUCGACGCCUCAAUGAAGCAGCAGAAGAAACUCCAGAGCAUGUCUGUUUAUGUUCCAUCGCAUGUUCCUGAAAGAUUGUCAAUUUUGAAUUUGGACAGCAAUAAAUGUUUUCUUCAAGAAACUUCUAAACAGGAUACCUCUCAUAGGUCUUUGAAGCCUGAUGAGGAGCUUGUAGCACCACCUAAGGAGAAAAAGGGUCGUUCCACUCCACCAUUAUGGUUUAUUACUGACAAUGAGUUGGAUUCCUUAUCCACAUACAUGAAAGGGAGGCUUACACUUGAAAAGGUCAAUGCAGCUAUUAAUGACAUGGCAAAAUAUGCUGAAGCUAAUGCACAGAUUAUAGCUGCCCCAAAGAAGAAGCUCGCGGAAAAUUUUUGGGAAAAGGCUCUGGAACUAAGAGAUAUUGCAAUGACGGAAGGAGUAAAAGGAAAGCACUUUUUUCUUGAAACUGAUAUAAGAGGACCAUCAUUGAAGCUUGACAACACUGGAAAAGCAAUACUAACUGUCCUUCGUCAUCUUGGUCGUAUAAGUGAGACACGGGUUGGACAUCAUCGCGUUAUCAUCCUUUUGAAACAACACUGAUGAGGAAAUACUUUUCUUGAUGAAAUUAAAAUCUGCAACCAAGAACUUUACAUAAAUUAGGGUAACUUCAUGUUCGUAAAGCCUAGAUUUUAGGUUAUACAAUGGCGAAAUGCACAAGGGGAUGCUAUUUUUAUCUAUUUCAUGUAAAUUGAAAAUUUUAUAAAACA